GGGUGGGAGGGAAUGGGGAACAAGAGCAGCAAGACGGCCGGUGGUGGUGGUUGACCAGAGCGGAUCUGCUGACGAUCGGGUCACUUGUUCACGUUGACUUGGCGUCCGUCAGUCCAGCGUCCAGAAUCAGGAACCGCCUUCCCGCCCCAUGCUGCAUGGAGUCGGUUUUAAGAAGAUAACAUCAACCCCUCCAUCGUCUGUCUUUUCUGUUUCACUUGGAUACACUCCUGGUUAUGGCGCCCGUACACCGAUAACUUCCUUCAGCCGGCCUACGCACUGCUUCGUCUCCCGCUCAGCGACCAAUGCACCAGAAUACCGGAAAUGGGCAAUCUUGGUCACCUGUCGCCCCAGGGUAGCGUCGCGGUGGGAGUCGUGGUUGGGUUGGUCUCGACCAGUCUUCAGGCCAUCGGACUUACCCUCCAGCGCAAGUCGCACAUCCUCGAGGAUGAGAAGGACCCCUACGAUAUACGCAGACCCCCUUAUAAACGUCGAAGAUGGCAGCUGGGCAUGUUAAUGUUCGUCGUUUCCAACAUCUUCGGCAGUACCAUACAAAUCACUACCCUUCCUCUUCCGGUGCUCUCGACCCUUCAAGCAUCCGGACUCGUCUUUAAUACAAUUUUUGCUACCUUGGUCCUUGGUGAAGCAUUCACCAGAUAUUCUUUGAUCGGCACUAUACUAGUCUGUAUCGGCGCGAUAUUGAUAGCGACGUUCGGCGCCAUUGGGGAGCCGGCACAUACACUCGAUCAGUUAUUGGACCUUUUGCAACGUCGCCCGUUUGUUUUGUGGAUGAUCGGUACUGCCGUGAUCGCACUGGCCAUUUUGCUUGGAUCACGGUUGCUCAAGUUUCUAUCGCCUUGGUCCCGAUCUAAAUAUUUACAUUUCCUCGGCCCGUAUGCACCCCGUCUGCAGGUUGUCCAAAGCCGUGUUCGGCUUCUCCGUGGCAUGUGCUUUGGUAUGGUCAGCGGGAUCUUAUCAGCCCAUUCGCUGCUUCUGGCCAAGUCAGCUGUAGAACUGAUCGUCCGCACGAUCGUGGACCGCAAUAAUCAGUUCAACCGGUGGCAGUCAUGGAUGAUUCUCAUUGGAAUGAUUCUCCUGGCCCUCACACAGCUGUUUUAUCUACACAGGGGAUUGAAGCUCUGCAGCACCAGUAUCCUUUAUCCUUUUGUCUUUUGCAUUUACAACAUUAUCGCUAUUUUGGAUGGUUUGAUUUAUUUCCGCCAGGCAUCUCAGUUGACUGGAUAUCAUGCUGGUCUUAUUGCGUUAGGCACUAUCAUUUUAUUGAGUGGAGUGCUCUGUCUUUCAUGGCGAUUGGAGGACAUUGAUAACCAUGCAGCCGUCACCGUUGUCGGACCUUCCCAGACCGGAUUGGGUCCCGGAAUGGCUAUUGUUGAAGAACACUCGCAUUCUCCAUCCCACCUUGACCUGGGCGAUGAAGAAGCCCAGACUGGGGAGUGUCAACCACUGCUGCAAACUAUUCCACGACGAAAAUCCCCUCACAAGCGAUCUCCUAGUCUCCCUCUAUUUACAUCAUUCAGCCAAAACACAAAGUCCGAUGUGGACCCUGCGUCUAUCUGGGCAGAACUUGACGAUUCAGAAUACGAAUAUGCCCAUGAAGGCUCUCGGUCUUCCCUCUCCCUUCGUGCUUCUUUAGGGUCGUUCCAAACCCGCCCCCGAAGCGCAAGCGGUACAUGGCGCGGGCCUAGACACUCAAACACUAGCCCUAUUGGCCAGCGAGGCAAGAUUCCUCGAAGAUAUCCUCCUCCAGCUCAAGAUGGCAGAUGGCGACAGGCCUCCGCAGCUACGUUUGAUAGCCGGAAUGCUCCUCAGAAACGACGGACAACGUGGGCUUUCCCUACACAUGUGGACCAAGUGACUGGCUAUGGCACGCAAGAUGACCAAUACAAUAACAGUUCGUCAGGCGGUAGUCAAGCGAAUUCUCAAACCACGCGGAGCGCUGGUCCGCUCGCGGGUUCGAGACGGAUAUUGACCAACGCCUGGAACACAAGUGUCCAGUAUCUAUCACAAUGGACUGGUCAAAGGUCUGGCAGAAGAUCCCAGGAUCCUGGACAUCCAAGAGAAGAGCAACAACAGCCUCUCUUACAUGAUCACAAUAGCGAAGUCGAUGAACAGCAACGACCGCCGCAAUGACCAUAAACCCUCCACCCACCCAUAGUUUUCACUUCUACAACUUCGCGAGAUAAAUGUACAAUACAAGAGACUUAUACACUAACUAUUUCAAACUAACAUACUAAUCACGACUGGAUUCGAGCUAUUUUCUUUUCUUCUCUUUUCUGCUUUUCAACACGUCACUGCCUGCUUUUUUUGACUGUCUUGGGUAUAUCGACUGGUCAUGAACAUAGAACCAGACACAUACAUGCUUGACACAAAUUUCACUUUCAAUGUGUUAGAUGAUUGCAUAGUCCUGUGAGGCUAAUGCAUACUAUGCAUGGCUCAUGCGUCUGUCUGCUGUUUACACUUCACAAGUAUAUUUGGUUGGAGAUUACUUAAAUAUGAAGUAUAAAUCAUUUGAAUUUAUUUUGCGUUUUUUAUUAGAUUA